UGCAAACUCACAAAAGAAAAACUGGACGCUCUUGGAAGUCACUCAGAAUUAAAGUUUUGCUCUCUGGAUAUUCGAUCCAUAACCGGCAUGACAUUCAAUCUAUUUCUUGCAAUAUCUAAGUUUGCAAGUGAAAAUGAGGUCAAAGAACUUCUGAUGGACCCAUGGGAAGAGUUCAAAGCAACUAAAGAUCAAAUAUUGGAAUUGAGUAAAUGGAAAGUCUGUGGAAAGAUAUCCAUCAUUGAUAUCAGUCAAAAUCCAAUGGACGAAAAAGCUUUUGAUACUCUUGGUUACCUUUUAUCAAACUAUGAAGUUGACCAACUCAUUGCAAAAAAUUGCCAGCUAACAAAAGCAAAAGUUGAUGCUCUUGGAAGUCAUUCUGGAUUAAAAUUAUCCAGGUUUGACAUCAGUGAAAAUCCAAUGGAUGAAAAAGGCUUCAAUGCUCUCGGUUCUUUAUUGACAGCAAAUAAUAUGGCUCUUGACCUUGUCAUGCAAAAUUGCCAACUCACAAAAGAAAAACUAGACGCUUUUGGAAGUCACUCAGGAUUAAAGAUCAAUGUUCUGAAUGUUCAAUCCAUCAGCCGGAUGCCAUCUGAUCUAUGUCUUACAAUAUUUGAGUUUGCAAGUCGAAGUGGAGUCAAAAAAUUUUUAAUGAAUUCAUUGGAUUUCUCUAAAGCAAAUAAAGAGCAAUUAAAGAAAUUAAGAAAAUACAAACUUUGUGGGAAGAUAUCCGUUAUUGAUAUCAGUCAAAAUUUAAUGGACGAAGAAGCUUUUGAUGUUCUCGCUGACCUUUUGUCAAACUAUGAAGUUGACCAACUCAUUGCAAAAAAUUGCCAGCUAACAAAAGCAAAACUUGAUGCUCUUGGAAGUCAUUCUGGAUUAAGAUUGGAUAUACUAGAUGUCAGUGGAAACACUAAUCUUGGCACUGCUGACUUUAGUGGAGCUGGAUCAGUUGUAUCUAAAUGCCAGUUGGAAAUACUAGAUAUCAGUUACAACAAGAUUCUUGGCAUUUCUGGCUUUGGUGAAGUUGGAUUAGUUGUUUCAAAAUGUCAGGUGAAGAAAUUCAUAGUUCGAGGUUGCAGUCUGACAGCAGAAGGAAUAAGAGCAUUCAAGGAAAACACUUGUAAUGCAAAGUUGGAUAUACUAAAUGUCAGUGGAAACACUAAUCUUGGCACUUCUGGCUUUGGUGAAGUUGGAUCAGUUGUUUCAAAAUGUCAGUUGGAUAUACUAGAUAUCAGUGGAAACGAUAAUCUUGACACUGCUGGUUGGGGUGAAGUUGGAUUAGUUGUUUCAAAAUGUCAGGUGAAGGCAUUAGAGGCUAAUGAUUGUAAUCUGACAGCAGAAGGAAUAAAUGCAUUCAAGGAAAACACUAGUAAUGCAAAGAUCGACAGCUUGGAUCUGAGUUCGAACAAAGUCAGCAAACUCGGAGAUGAAGGAUUAUCUACAAUCAGUGAAAUUGUUCGUAAAAGCCAGGUUGGAACAUUGUACAUGUGGUAUUGCCACUUCAACACUGAUCAGUUGGAAAGAUUCAAAGCAUUGAUUGCUGAUACUGGGGUUGAAUUUCUUCACUAGUCACAGAUGCCGUAUCCGAGAAUGAUUUUAUUGGAUAAUUUGAUUUAAAAUUAUAUUAGUUCCACAUUUCUUCAGUUUGUCUGUCUGAGAUAAUCACUUUUCGUUUUGUUUCAAAACUUUGGCGCAAUUUGUUUUUAUUUAUUUUUUUCAAUUCUGUCUAUAAUGUUUAGCAAGUAUGGUCCGUGUAUCGCAUUAUGUCUUAUGGAAAUUUCUUUUGAUUUUCAUUUAUUCCAUCAAAUAUUUCAGUCCGGGAUACCGAAUAAUUAACUAGUUGCAUACAAUAAACAAUGGGAUAACUGUUAUCUACAACCUGGCUAUUUGACCAGACAUUUUAUGCCCACGGAUUGCCGUGUUAGACUAUUAAUGCUUUUAUAUUUUCGUAAGUAUGAAAAUACGAAUCAAAAAUUAAUUAUCGGGCA